AUGAAGCUCGACGAUGCCGUUGCAAAAGCCAUUUCCGUGGACCCAUCUGCCGCCAGCGUCUCAUCCGCCGGCGGCGGGGGCAUGUCCUCGGCCUCGACCUCGAAAAUCACGGCAACCCUGCCAGAUGGCACGGAGAAGCAGUUCUUCAUGAAGACAGGCAAGGGCAAGGAUGCCGCAGUCAUGUUUGAGGGCGAGCACGCCUCGCUCAACGCCCUGCACUCGUCGGUCCCGUCUCUGUGCCCACAGUCCUUUGGCUACGGGCAAUUCGCCUCAGACCCCUCGACCUCGUUCAUGGUGACGGACUUCCUUCACCUGACAUCGCGGCUGGCAUCGCGCGCAUCGGGGAGCACGGAGACGCUGGCGCAAAAGCUAGCGAAGCUGCACACGACGCCGGCGCCGGUGCCGGCGGGCUACGACCGCCCGAUGUUCGGGUUCCCGGUGACGACGUGCUGCGGCGACACGCCGCAAGAGAACGGGUUCAAAGCGAGCUGGGCAGACUUCUACGCCGAGCACCGGCUGCGCUUCAUCCUGCGGCAGAGCGAGGCGAAUAAUGGAAAAGACAAGGAGCUGCACGACCUGGUGGAGGCGACGGCCUCGCGCGUCGUGCCCCGGCUCAUAGGCGACGAGCACCUGAACGGCGGCAAGGGCGUGACGCCGGUGGUGGUGCACGGGGACCUGUGGAGCGGGAACGCGAGCAGCGGGACGAUAGGCGGGAAGGGGGGCGCGGUGCAGGAGGUCGUGUACGACCCGAGCGCGUGCUACGCGCACAGCGAGUACGAGCUGGGCAUCAUGAAGAUGUUUGGCGGCUUUGGCGGCGCCUUCAUGAACGAGUACCAUGAGCUUUGCCCCAAGACGGAGCCGCAGGAUGAGUAUGCGGAUCGCGUCGCGCUUUACGAAUUGUAUCAUCACCUUAACCAUCACGCGUUGUUUGGCGGAGGUUACCGGUCUGGCGCUACGAGCAUCAUGAAGAGCUUGGUGCGGAAGUAUGGUUGA